AUGCUUGAAAGAUCAUUGUGUCCUCUCGAUCGUCUUAAAAAAAUGCGAGACUUUGUUGUGAUACUCCACAACUUGCAUGAACAUUUGGAUGCCAUUCUAUGUGCUUCUGCAUGUCACAACAAGACAAACUUCGAACUUUUUAUGAUUUUCCCGCAGCCGAUAAUGCUACUAGAAGAAAUGUGGAUGGGAAAUAUCAACAAUAUGACGUGCGAACCAAAGCAAAAUCAUCAUUAA